GUGUUUGCGUUUCCUAUCAGGAAACGUAUCAACACAGGAUGGUUUCUGGCAUGCGGUGCCUUAGAUUAGAACGUGCAAAUGAUAACAAAAAGGGGUAUUUUUUUCACCAUGGUUUUUUUUUUUUUUCCCAAGUCUAAUAUGAUUCAGCAGAAAAGUUUAGGGAUGUGAGUCCAGCAGAAAUUCAGGUGCUCUGUGUGCGCUGUGGCUCUUUCCAUGUUAGAGGUGUGGUGGGCAUGGCUGCCCUGGGGUUGCUGGUUCCUUGCCAGGAGCUGCAGGUCCAUUGGUGAGUGUCCUCAUGAAACCUCCUGGAGAAGUCUCCUUCCCUGCCUCCAACUCAAGGGAUCUGAACAAAUAGAAACUUCCAGGAAAAAAAAAUGCCAAGAGAGAUGUCUCCUCAUCCUUGGAGACGUUCAAGGUCAGGCUGGAUAUGUCUCUGAGCACCUGAUUGAGCUGUAGGUUUCCCUGUUCAUUGCAGGGGAGUAGGACUAGAUGGUCUUUAAGGGUGUCUUCCAAUGCAAACAAUUCUGUGAUUCUAUGAUUCUAUAAAUGUGGUUGGUCCUGGUUCCUUCUUGGAUCCCCAAGAUCUGCCUGGUGUGGGGAGCUGAUGGUUAAAUGGAUCCAGCUCCCCAGCAGACCACAGCAAUGCCAUGGUUCCCCUUCACGCAGCUAGUGGAGAUGUGCUUUGCUCUCUAAGGAGCAUGCUGCAAGGCCUGCUUUGCAGAGCAUCCCCACAGAGUGUGCUUGUUCCACAUCAAUAAUCCCUUUAUCACAAUGAUUCCUCAUGUUGAAAAACAUUUCACAAAGUGCAUCACAGUCUAUUGUUCUGCCUGCAUGGCUGUGCUGCUGGUGACUGCAGCGUGCACUGGUCCUCUCCAACUGGUCCUCUCUUGUGGGUAAGCACAAGGUGGCACGAUAGCAAUUACAGCUGUGAGCAUGACUGACCCCUACCACCAGUAGACUAUGGGAAGCAGCCAUUAAUUUAUGUAUUCACCUACCUAUCCCCCUUCCUGCAGCUGUACUGAGCUCGCAGAUGAGUCCCAGACCUGCAGAGCUUGCAAACAUGCUUUGGAUUGACAGGCAUAGCAGCACCAACUGCAGGAGGAACCAGCUGCUGUAACUAGCCCUUGUGUUCAGCUUGGGGCAGCCAAGGACACACACUCAUUAUUUAAAUGAUAGUCCUGCCCUGGGGUCUCCCAGAGGCUGACUCCCUUGCCUACAUUCAACCCACCAAUCAGGGAAGCAACAUCACUAGCUUUAGCAUGAGAGGUAAUGGCCUGAAGUUGCACCAGGGGAGGUUCAGGUUGAAUAUUAGGAAAAUCUUCUUCUCCAAAAGAGUGGUGAUGCCCUGGCACAGGCUUCCCAGGGAGGUGAUGGGGUCACUGUCCCUGGAGGUGUUCCAGAACCGUGGAGAUGUGGCAUGUCAGUGGGCAUGGUGGAGUGGGUUGGGGAUGGACUGGAUGAUCUUAGAGGUCUUUUCCAACCCCAAUGAUUCCACAGUUCUAUGACUUUCUGGGUAAAUGUAGGCAGCUGCAUGCAGUGCCCAUUUUUUGGGGUCUCUCCAUCACUCAGGGAGCUGCUGGUGGCAGUAUAUGGCAGCGAGGUGCUGGGCUGGCACUGCACAGUCCCUGUCCACUGCCAUCACUCCUCACUCCUUGGGGCCCAUACGGCCCCAGAGCGCACUGUAAAUAGUCGGAAGCGAUGAAUGGAUUUCCCCUUCCUCUCCAUGUGUGCUUUAGAUUUUUGGCCGGAUACAGCAUGGGCUUGGGACACACCAAAACAUGGAUCUUUCUCCCCGGCAGCCCAAGCUUUCACAUGGGAACAGCUCUAUGUGCUGCUUGCAGAACAGCGUGUGGUGAAGUAGGUGAAGACUGCAGUGAUUUCCUCAGGAAUGCCAUGAAUUUACCCAUGCCCUGUGCCUGCCUGAGCCUGGUGUGGCCUUACGAGGUCUCUCGGCACACGGUGCAGCUGCAGCCAUGGCAAGGCCCCAAGCUUUCCCCUGGGUGUAGCCCAAGGACAGGCGGUUUCUGAAACAGGAAAGAGGGAGACAGGCUAGAAGGCGGUCAAGGAAAGCCAGGCUUUCUGCUGCUUCCAGCUUCCUCCCAGACGUGUUUAUGGCCAUGUGGAGGGAUUUUCUCCUCCCAGCAGCUGCUGCCCUCCUGCCCAGGCUGUUCAGCUGUGUUCUGCUGUGAUGGCUCUGCUCAGCCACUGCCAAACUAACCCCUCCACCUCAUGAUAUGGCAGAGUGGCCCUAAGGUCCCCACUUUGCUGACACCCAGCCUUGCAGGGACAUAGAUGAGGCUGUAGAUGGUGGCACCCUGCUGGGGCGUUCUUUACACAUUGCGCUACCAAACUGGCAUGUGGAAGUGUGGGGGUAAGCAGCAGGGCAAGGAGCAACAGGGAAAGGACCUGCAGGACUUCACUACCACUUGGUCACCUCUCUACCAACACUGAGGAUGGGGAUAUGGGCUGGUGGCCUAUCCAGGCUCAUGGUGGUCGAGGUGUCCUGAGGUGUGUGUUGCCUCAGUGCUGUGGGCAGAGCCAGUGAGGGUCAGCUCCUGCCUGUGGCUCCUAGAGUCAGGGCUGGCUCUGAACAAUGGGUGGAGAGCAGGAAACGCCGCAUGGGAAACAGGAUUUGGCGCCGCCGCCGCCAGCCACGGCCCCUUGGCCCCUUUCCUUUCCCGGCUCCACAGAGCCCUUCCCAGAGCCACGGGGCAUACCGAGGCGAUGAGGAUGCCGCUGCACAGGCAGGCUUGGGCAUGAAACCCCAACCACUGCAGGCGAGGAAGGGGCUGGGGUACCACCUGGUCAGGCUGGGGCUCAGCAUGGCUGGGGGCACCCUGAGCAUGCAGUUCUAGCCUCACAGGAGAGCCCCACUGGGCAGCAAACCUCAGUGGCCCCUUUGCCACACAGCUGGGCAGCAGCCGAGCAGGUGGGCACAAAGGCAUCAUCCACGCCAUGCCUCAGCUAUGAUCCAGAGGAAGGGGUGCUGGCUCCCCUGGAUGUCAAGCUGGACUGCUGGGGCAAGAUGGAGAGCGUGGGGCAGGGGUCCUGAGCCUCUACUCAUGUGGAGCCCAUAGGCAAUUGCCACCACUGGCUCUGUCACCCUUGGCUGGGACGUGCUGGAUAUUUUCCCGUGACAGAUUUGGGACACACUUCAAGGACAUGGGACUCCAGUUUUAUCUUCUGCUUCUCCUCCCAUGGAUGGCAGGUAAAUGACUCCUUUCUCUCUGCCCUGCGGGUAAGCCCCUUCCCCAGGGACAUUUGGUGGGAUGGGGCAGCUGUGGUGGUGCCAGUGAAGCAGGGACUCAGGAGGGGCAUGAAGGGAGGAACAGUCCCUUUGAGAUUGGUGGUUUGGAGUCCUCAGGGCUGAGCUGUGGGGCUGAGCUGCCCUCCUCUGUACCCCAGCUCGGGACUGGGGCACAGGAAGAUAGCAGCGGAAGGAGCUUCAUCCCACUGGACACUUGGCUCAUGCAGUAACCUGAGCCCAUGGGGAUCUCCAAAAAGAGACUGGAAAUGCUCACUGUACCAUCUGACAGGCUGGAGCAAGAAAGACGUGGAAAUGGGGGGCCAUCCUGGACAUCACCCUGAUUGCCAAUGUGCAGAGCCUGUCCCACUCCGACUUCUUCCUCUCCUGCAUCAUGGGCGAGCGCGACGUGAGCUACCUGCAGAUUGAGCGGGAGAACAAGAUUGUGAUGACGCACCCCAAGACAGGCUUCCAAAACUACCGCAACCGCAGCAACUACGUGCAGGCCAGGGGUUUCUCCAUGCCUGACCUGGUGGGGAUCCUCUACUGCCUGGGGCGCACACCGACGGAGCAGGCCCAGGUGGUCUACGUGCACAACAGCCACAAUGCCCACCUCUUCCCGGUGAAGGCCACGCAGUCUGUGAAUGUUGGCGAGCCAGCCACCUUCUCCGCCAGGGUCCUCAGGAGGAAGGAGAUGGAUGUCAUGUGGAAAAGAAAUGGUACCUACUACCAGACCACAGACCGGGGCGAGGUGCGGGGUGACCUUUUCACUCUGACACUCCCGAACGUCAGUGUUACUGAAAAUGGCGUCUACAGUGCCACAUUCAUGGGAGAUAGCCCUCUGUGGAGUGCCUUCUACAGGCUGAUCGUCAGAGCAUGUGCUGCAAAGAAGUGGGGUCCGUCCUGUGAGAAGGACUGUCCUGACUGCCUGAAUGGGGGCAUCUGCCAUGACCACGUCGGUGAAUGCAUCUGUCCUCCUGGCUUCACAGGCACCCGCUGUGAGAGAGCCUGCCGGGAAGGCCAGUUUGGCCGCAACUGUCAGGAGACAUGCCAGAGAGCCCAGGGCUGCAGGGGGCUGAGCUUCUGCCUGCCCGACCCCUAUGGCUGCUCCUGCGCAUCGGGGUGGAGCGGCUCCCGCUGCAACCAAGCCUGUCCCCCGGGAUACUAUGGCCCCGACUGUGCCCUAAUGUGUGCCUGCCGGAACGGGGGCAGCUGUAACCGCUUCAGUGGCUGCAUCUGCCCUGCAGGCUGGCACGGGCAGCACUGCGAGAAGUCAGGGAGAAGUGGGAUGAGCCCUAAUGCUGAUUUCUCCACACCAGACCGCUUCCCCCAGAUCAUCAAACUGGCCUCGGAGCUGGAGUUCAACCUGGGCUCAGAGCCCAUCAUCAGCUGCGUGGCCACCGGCAACCCGCUGCCCGCGAGCGAUGGGGUGGAGUUGCGCAAGGCUGAUGGCACCAUGCUCAAGCUGGUCAAAGCCAUCAUAGAGUUGGGGCAGAUCACAUGCGAGUUUCAGGUGCAGCAUCUGACGAAGGCCGAUGCAGGGCUCUGGGAGUGCCGAGUCUCUACUACUGGGGGACAGGACAGCCGGAAAGUCAAGGUCAACAUCCGAGUGCCACCAGCACCCCUGAGCCCCCCCCGACUGCUGGCCAAGCAGAGCCGCCAGCUCGUGGUGUCACCUGUGGACUGCUUCUCCGGUGACGGACCCAUUGUCUCUGUCAAGUUGCUCUACAAGCCCAAGGAUGAUGCCUCGGUGUGGUCAUCCAUUGUGGUUGACAACAGUGAGAACAUCACCCUCAUGAACCUCCGGCCAGUGACCGCCUAUGUUGUCAAGGUGCAGCUGAGCCGACCAGGGGACGGUGGCGAGGGCAGCAAGGGACCUGAGGCUGUCAUGGUGACCGAGUGCCUAGAGCCCACAGUCAAGCCUGUGAUCGAAGGUUGGUCCAUUGAGGAGAAAAACACCCUUCAUGUCAACUGGAAAUUGCCAAGUAACCAUGAGCCUGCACACGGGUUCAUUGUCCAUCUCUUUGACUCUGCAAAACAACUGGUCUACAAGAAAAACAUCACGUCCAUUUCCGUGCUUUCUGCCCACAUUGGGGGCCUGGAGUUCAACAAGGAGUAUGGGCUGGAGGUGCUGGUGUACCACUGCACCAGCCUAGGGCCCCCUUCUGAUCUCUACAAGGUCAUGAUCAACAGCAAAGGGCCUUCCUCCCCACGGUCGCUCUCAGCAGAGUCUGUGUCUGACACAGCCAUCAGGCUCUACUGGCAGGUCCCCGAGUACCCCAACGGGGGCAUCACCAAGUACAUUGUGGAGCUGCAGCAGGUGGGGGGGACCAGCGAGCCCCAGUGGAUUGACACUGACAAUGGCGCCGAGACCACCAAGACCAUUGGAGGCCUCAAUGCCAGCACCACCUACCAGUUUCGCGUCCGGGCCAACUCCCACGUCCCAGGGGAGUGGAGCCAUCUGGUGAAAGCCAAGACCCUGGGGGAUGGAGCACUGAGUGUGCCACCCAGCCUGGGCAGCCAGAGCACCGAGCAGUCAGGAAUAGACCAACAGCUGCUCUUGGCCAUCAUCGGCUCUGUAUCUGUCACCUGCCUCACCAUCCUCUUUGCCCUCCUGGCACUUUUCCUCAUCAAGAAGAACUUUUUCCACCGGCGCCGCACCUUCACAUACCAGUCUGGCUCGGUGAGUGCUGCCUGCCCCACCAGGACAGUGUCCCCAGCUCCCCACGUCCCAGCCCGAUCCAGGUCACGCUCCAUAGCCUCCAGUCCGGAUGCAGCCAGACCUCACCUCCACACAGAGAGGGGAGAAGAGACCAUCCUGCAGUUCAACUCUGGGACCCUGACCCUGACACGCCGGCCCAAGCCACAGCCCGAACCCCUCAGCUACCCCAUCCUGGAGUGGGAGGACAUCAAGUUUGAGGACAUGAUUGGGGAAGGGAACUUUGGGCAGGUCAUCAGGGCCAUGAUCAAAAAAGAUGGCUUGAAAAUGAAUGCAGCCAUCAAGAUGCUGAAGGAGUUCGCCUCAGAGAAUGACCACCGGGACUUUGCCGGAGAGUUGGAGGUGCUGUGCAAGUUGGGCCAUCACCCCAACAUAAUCAACUUGCUGGGUGCCUGUGAGAACAAGGGUUACCUGUAUAUUGCCAUUGAGUAUGCCCCCUAUGGAAACCUCCUCGACUUCCUCCGCAAAAGCCGAGUCCUGGAGACCGACCCAGCCUUUGCCAAGGAGCACGGCACCGCGUCCACCCUCACCUCCCAGCAGCUCCUCCAGUUUGCUUCGGACGUGGCUAAAGGGAUGCAGUACCUGAGUGAGAAGCAGUUCAUUCACAGGGACCUGGCAGCCAGGAAUAUCCUGGUGGGAGAAAACCUGGCCUCCAAGAUUGCCGACUUCGGCCUCUCCAGGGGGGAGGAGGUCUAUGUGAAGAAGACAAUGGGCCGCUUGCCAGUUCGCUGGAUGGCCAUCGAGUCCCUCAACUACAGCGUGUACACCACCAAGAGCGAUGUGUGGUCCUUUGGUGUCCUGCUCUGGGAGAUCGUCAGCUUGGGGGGGACGCCAUAUUGCGGAAUGACAUGUGCUGAGCUCUAUGAGAAGCUGCCCCAGGGCUAUCGCAUGGAGAAACCCCGCAACUGUGAUGAUGAGGUGUACGAGCUGAUGCGGCAGUGCUGGCGCGACCGUCCCUACGAGCGCCCGCCCUUCGCCCAGAUCUCCAUGCAGCUCAUCCGCAUGCUGGAGGCCAGGAAGGCAUACGUGAACAUGGCCCUGUUUGAGAACUUCACCUAUGCAGGGAUCGAUGCCACCGCUGAGGAGGCCUGAGGCUGCAUCCAGCUCCAUGCAGCUCCCACCAGCUUGUGAAUGCAUGGCAGAGGGGCAACGCCAGCCCCCAGCCUGCUGGGACACUGCUGGGGGGGCUACCUGCCCCCCCUGCCCAGCAGGUGACUGUGGCUGAAUAACAGUGGCCCCUCUGGAGAGCAUCCUCCCUGCAGCAGGACUGCGCUGUGCCCUUCCCAGCUGCCUCCUGAUGCAUGCUGGUUGGGGGACACAUGGGGACAGCCCCAAAGGACGCGUGCCCUACACGGCGUCUGCAGCAGAGAGAAGGACCUGGCCCCCAGGAGCUGGGGAUGCUGCAGCCCACACCCUGGCAGGACACAAACACCCAAACUGUGGGGUGAGAGGUGGAAGCAGAGGCCUGGCAGCUCCCUGCCCUGCAGCUCUCAGCAUGCUCCGCUGUGAGCAAAGUGUGAGCAUCGCUCCAGCACGGGAUGCAGCAGCCCCAGUGCAGGAGGAAGGAUGUGCACAGCCUCCAGCUCAGCACUGCCCCUUGGAAUUCUAUGGCUAUGUUUUAUGGUCAAUAAACAUUGUACAAUGGA